UCACUUCCUGUCCACAUGGAGGUGACAUCACUUCCUGUCCACAUGGAGGUGACGUCACUUCCUGUCCACAUGGAGGUGACAUCACUUCCUGUCCACAUGGAGGUGACAUCGCUUCCUGUGCACAUGGAGGUGACAUCGCUUCCUGUGCACAUGGAGGUGACAUCACUUCCUGUGCACAUGGAGGUGACAUCGCUUCCUGUGCACAUGGAGGUGACAUCACUUCCUGUGCACAUGGAGGUGACAUCGCUUCCUGUCCACAUGGAGGUGACAUCACUUCCUGUGCACAUGGAGGUGACAUCACUUCCUGUCCACAUGGAGGUGACAUCACUUCCUGUCCACAUGGAGGUGACAUCACUUCCUGUCCACAUGGAGGUGACAUCACUUCCUGUCCACAUGGAGGUGACGUCACUUCCUGUCCACAUGGAGGUGACAUCGCUUCCUGUCCACAUGGAGGUGACAUCGCUUCCUGUGCACAUGGAGGUGACAUCGCUUCCUGUGCACAUGGAGGUGACGUCACUUCCUGUCCACAUGGAGGUGACGUCACUUCCUGUCCACAUGGAGGUGACAUCGCUUCCUGUCCACAUGGAUGUGACAUCGCUUCCUGUCCACAUGGAUGUGACAUCGCUUCCUGUGCACAUGGAGGUGACAUCACUUCCUGUGCACAUGGAUGUGACAUCACUUCCUGUCCACAUGGAUGUGACAUCGCUUCCUGUCCACAUGGAGGUGACAUCGCUUCCUGUCCACAUGGAUGUGACAUCACUUCCUGUCCACAUGGAUGUGACAUCGCUUCCUGUGCACAUGGAGGUGACAUCACUUCCUGUGCACAUGGAUGUGACAUCACUUCCUGUCCACAUGGAUGUGACAUCGCUUCCUGUGCACAUGGAUGUGACAUCACUUCCUGUCCACAUGGAUGUGACAUCGCUUCCUGUGCACAUGGAGGUGACAUCACUUCCUGUCCACAUGGAGGUGACAUCGCUUCCUGUCCACAUGGAGGUGACGUCACUUCCUGUCCACAUGGAGGUGACAUCGCUUCCGGUCCACAUGGAGGUGACGUCACUUCCUGUCCACAUGGAGGUGACAUCGCUUCCUGUCCACAUGGAUGUGACAUCACUUCCUGUCCACAUGGAUGUGACAUCGCUUCCUGUGCACAUGGAGGUGACAUCACUUCCUGUCCACAUGGAUGUGACAUCACUUCCUGUCCACAUGGAUGUGACAUCGCUUCCUGUGCACAUGGAGGUGACAUCACUUCCUGUGCACAUGGAGGUGACAUCGCUUCCUGUCCACAUGGAGGUGACAUCGCUUCCUGUCCACAUGGAGGUGACAUCGCUUCCGGUCCACAUGGAGAUGACGCUUGUUGGUCGUGUUAUUUAUCCUGGUAGAAUCACUGAGACUAAACAAUAAAGAGACGGAGACAAUA